AUGAACGCAGAAGGACUUGAGUCAGACAAUAACAUCCGAGCUAUAACAGAGGAAAUCAAUGGACUUAUCGAUCAAGUUGGGACAAAUGUUGACGAGAUCCAAACAAUGGAGAUAUACAGAACAGUUCAAAAAGCCCUUCGUGAAUUAGUGACGACAACCGACGUCACCCAGCUACUGAAGAAUUUAGUGUUUACUUAUAACAAACGACACUUAAGUCCUCAAACGUUUCCAAUAGCUGUAACUGAAGUGUUUGAAACAGUGAAAGUGUCUUUAGUUAAUGUGAACACAUAUAUUGGAGCAUGUAAAAUGCUUCUUUCUCUUCUUUUAAUAGCACCAGAGAAAGAAGCCAUCGUCGAGUUAGUUAAAGACGUGACGAAGUAUUUCUGUGAGGAGCUUUCAAGGCUUUGCGAGAUCAACGAAGUCAAGAAGCCGAUUUUUCUCUUCUUACUUAAAAUCGUCAAAAAGCUUAUUCUUCACUUUAAGUCGCCGACUCUGAUUACUUCCAAAGACUUUUUAAUAACACUCAACAUCGUCGCAACAAAGCUGAUUCUUCUCCAGAACUGUGAAAUUGAAUCAAAAGAAUUGGACAGAACGAUUGAGCUCUCCAUACAAAACGAACAAGUUGUUUCUGAUAUGCCAACGUCAUUGCCGUUCCCCGUGAACUUCAAAUACGUCUUAUUUUCAACUCUUAAACCGAUCGAAAGACUCACAUCAACUCUCAUUCUAUUGACACAAAGCGUUGUGAUGACACAACAAAUAUACGAAGAAAUGUAUUGCAAUACAUUAGAGCAUUUAGUGGAGUUGAUGAAAUCAUUUUCAAAGCUUAUUUCACUGUUAGACUUGUUCCUCACAGGCAAUAGAUUAGUUCAGUUGUUUUCCUCGAGAAUUUUAUAUGUUGUACUUUCGUUGGUUCCGGUGCUCCAACGGAAAUGCAUUGUCGACACACUUCAAAAUGACAUUUCCGUGUUACUUGCGCUCUUACUUAAUGAUCCAGCGAACGAUGAAAUACUCAACGAAGUAUAUAUUAAGUACUUGGGGGCACUUCCAGGCAACGACAAUUUAGUGCGGUUCCUCUGUAGUCGUCGUGAGAUCGGAUUUUUCAUUCGAGAAGUUGGGAAUUUUGAUAUGCAGUCGAUUGGAAAUGUGGUGACGCCACAGACACUCCAAUUUUUACCAAAAGAAGCACUGGUGUCGAUCAGUGACGCAAUUCGCGCGAAAAUGCCAUCUCUGACGGCUUCCCGAGUGCUCUCCGUUAUUAUGCGGUCACUCCCAAGUUACACACAAACUGCAGUGGAGAGGGGUGUUGGGGACACAAUUGAAUAUGCUCCUUUACUUGUCUGUCUGAACAAAGAGUGUUGUCAAACGAUCAUUCGUGGAUUUCAAUGUGAUGGACUGGAACAUUGCUUUUGGCUUGCAUUCUUUUUCAAAUACGCCACAGUUGGUGAAGGCGAAGAAGUAAAAGAAGUUGGGGAAGGUCUGAAAGAGCAGUUCAUUGCCUUUUUGAGAGCAGAGGCGACGGGAGAAGUGGUUCCGCUUGUCUCGAAGGUAGUUGUGGUCAACAUCAGUAGUAUUCAAGUGAUAGAAGACAUUGAGAAAAUGAUGUUGAAUGCAAGGGAAUUAGUUUUAAAGAAUGGGGAUGCUUCUGAUGUGUGGAACAAAUUCAUCACAAAGGUAGUGGGGUGGAAAAUUUGA